AUGAUUGUCAUUAUAGUGGCGACAAUGACUCUAUGGAUCAUUCAUCACAAUACAUCACAGUAUAACGACGACAACGAACAUCGAUCCUUUCCUUUUUGUCAUCAGCAUCCCAAUCCUUCUUUUUUAUUAGAGCAUCAGGCAUUAGGUUAUUUGAAGCAUCAUCGACGAAUAGAUGAUGUGAUGAUCCCGAGUACAGUCUGGCAAGGUGGCAUCCACGGGGUACUUUACAUGGCGGUACGUAACGAGCAAUUGGCCAAUGUGCGUGAGACCAUCCGAAGUCUAGAAGACAGAUUCAAUCACAGGUAUCAUUAUCCAUGGAUUCUGUUGUGUCCUGAGGGGUUUUCCGAUAGUUUCAUCAGCUACACAAAACAUUUGGCUUCUGGUCCGAUUUAUUAUGGCAAGGUCGAUCUCCAGGCGUUCAUCACCCCACCUUGGGUCCAACAUCGUGUGUUUUUGAAAAAGAUGACUUCGUGGUCUAAUCCAAAGGAACAUCUUGAUUUUACAUUCCAUCAAUUGAUGAGAUACCAAUCAGGAAUAUUUUAUCAUCAUCCAUUAUUUAAAAGUGUGGACUACAUAUGGAAAAUUGAUCCAGGCACUUCCUUUUCAUGUAAUGAUAUGGAUGAUCCUUUUAAAACAAUGCAAGACAACAAUAAGACUUAUGGCUUCACAGUGACACAGCGUCAACCGCAAGGAGAUGUAUCAGGCAAACAUAUAUGGAAAUUGACUGAAAGUUUUAUAAAGCAUCAUCAUCAUCUUUCUAUUUUACCAUCUAACAAAACAAUCAUGCAAAGUAUCAUGGAGAGAUAUCGAGGUAAUGAUGACAGUGAGGAUAAUGAUCAUGGAUAUAGUACCUGCCAUUUUGGUUCUUCGAUAGAAUUGAUGGAUAUGCGGUUUUUAAAAUCAGCUGCCUAUCAGUAUUUUUUUAAGUAUAUGGAUCAGACAGGUGCAUUUUUUUAUGAAAAAUUCACGGAUGUAGCGUUCCGUACAUUGGCCAUAGCGUUGUUUUCAAAUACCGCCGACAUUCAGUUCUUGAAUGAAAUUGGACUUGAAGGCAAUCAUCAUUGCCCCCUUGAUAUGGACCACAGUAAGAAAUGUGCUUGUGAUUAUCAUGGUCCUGAUGUCUUUCAACCUGAUAGUUGUACCAUUCAAUUGUUAAGUCAAAUUGAUCCCAAUGCAAUCAAAAACGUGACAAGGUUUAUUAGGUCAAGAAUGGAUCAUCCUUAA